GUAUCUGUGCAAGCUCAAACUGUCACCGCUGAGUAUUUAAACCCCCUUUGUUGACCUUUGCUUACAUUUUGAGAAUUGGCGUUUGCUAGUUAAUUACAGGCCUCUCCGUCUCAGCGCAAGCUCGCCUUACAGAUGUAAUGUGUGAAUUUUGGAGAUCAUUUCAAAAUUUAACAAGUGCUGCCGCGGUCCACUGUCACAUUUGAAUGAGGAUUUGUGAAAAAAUGUCAUGGAGGCAGAGAAUUGAAAAUAUUUAGAUUCUACUGAGUAUUUUCCUUGUGCGGUUUAAGAGACGCUGGCACUUUGGACAUCUCCACCGUCCCGUUGUGAAGAGAUCGAUUCAACUUUGAAGUUUAUACACCGGGAUUGAAAGACUUGUUUGAAAAAAAGCUUUAGUACAAGUGUGUUGGACCAUGAAAGCUGAAGUAGUGUUCGUGAUGGCAGUAUUUCUGCAGGCUGCUAUCGAGACAGCCAGCAGCGUUGAGAACCGUUGUACGGCAACGAAUUGUAAGCUACCCGACUGUCGAUGUCCUGGCCAUAACAUUCCCGGGGGAUUCAAACCUGAGCAGAUCCCACAGAUGGUCCUCAUCACAUUUGAUGACGCAGUAAACUGGGAAAACUGGGAUUAUUACAAAAGGCUCUUCCCCCCAGAUAGAAGCAGGCUCAACCCCAACGGCUGCCCCGUGGCGUCAACGUUGUUCGUGUCCAACAACUUCACCGACUACUGCAUGUUGAAGAAACUGCAUGCCCGCGGCCUGGAGAUCGCAGAUCAUAGUGUAUCUCAUCGUGUUCCACAUUCGUGGUGGGGUGCAGCAUCUGACGAAGAGCUACGGGAAGAAAUUGUCCAACAGAAAAAGAAUCUUGCCGAUCUGGCUCAGAUACCCGUCGAGGACAUACGAGGAUGGAGAAGCCCGUUCCUUCAACCAACAGGGGACACCAUGUUCAACAUUCUGUACGAAAAUAAUUUUACGUAUGAUGCUACAAUGACUUACCCGUUUCCCAGAAAUGUGUACUCCCCUGUCAUGUGGCCCUUCACCCUCGACUACUCCUACACCUUGGUCUGCAACAUCAGCCCCUGUCCCAAGAACCAGUACCCUGGUUUCUGGAUUCUUCCCGUGGUGGUCAUGAUGGACUAUCGAGAACACCUGCCUUGCGCGUAUGUCGACUUCUGUAAAAACGCCCCCAGGAACCAAGACGAAGCUUUCCAGCUUCUCUGGAAGAACUUUCUCAGAAACUACCGAACCAACCGGGCACCGAUGUACGUUAACCUUCACUCAGUCUGGCUCCAGACAAAGUUCAACUUGGACGCCAUGGACGAAUUCAUCGAGAGGCUCACGUCAAUGGACGACGUGUACGUCACCACCGUCAGCAAGGCCAUAGAGUGGAUGAGGAACCCUACCCCACUGACAGAGAUCCAAAGCUUUGAGCCGUGGCAGUGUGUGAAGAAACCGAACUUAGAAGACGACGCUUUCUGUUCUUUCACCUUCAAACCUAUAACGACCUUGGCGCCGGGGCAGAAAACCACGGACCACCAACACGUUCACGGCGAGGAAGAGAAAGACAAAAACAGGAACCGCAACACAAUAGGAAGGAAUAAACCUAAUGAUAGACUGGGUAAAAUGGACCUACCCCCUCCUAGCGACGCACACUCAAACCAUAAAAAGCACAGACCGUGGUUCUUGAAGAAUUCGGGUUCGGAGGUGAAUUUAUGUGCAAACCUUGUUUUCACCUUGUUGCUGCUACCUUUAGUAAUUUUUAUCAGGGUAUAGACAUAAUUAUUCGUGAUGGUGAAUAUCUUGGGACGAUGUGAAAGUUGUGUACAAACUGUUACGGAUUGAUGGAAGUCUUUAAGGUAAACAUAUGAUGAUUCAAUAUUGGCACGAAGUUGUAGUUGGCUAACUAUAAAACCUGUUAAGUAGAGAUUUUUCUUCAUUUUCUACUUUUCAGAGUUUCACUGUAUCGUACUCAAUUAUAUUUAUAAGAACUGUUAAUAUGAUAUCUCUUUUGUAAUUUUGUACAUAUAUGUAGCCGAGGGUACGGGGCAUGUAGUUUGAAGCUUUACGCUACUUGAGCAAAACAUCGUGGAAUAUCCGAUUUUUCUGAAAGUUUAUAGUUUGCGAGUUGGGUGUCAAAGAUGCGGCCGCGCCUUUUCUGUGGGCGCAAAUGUCUAUGACAGCUAUCUCGAGACAAGCGCCCGAUCAAAGCAUCCUCCACGCAAGUUUUAAUUUGUUAAAGUCACGCAUAAUUUGAACCAAGGAAUAAUAAGAAAUUGAGAAUUAAUGCCACAGGCAUCUCAUUUCAAAAAGCAUCGUGACGUCAUAAUCAGAUUACCCGCAAUCGCCAGUUUGUAUAAUAAGCAAGAGACUAGACCAGGCUAUAGUGACAGCGUUGACGGAAACAGCCGAGUUGUAUCUGCACUUUGUCCGCCUUUUCUGGCCGUAUGUAUAACUGUAAAUAUUGUGUUGAAAAAGUAGCCGAACAUGCUGAUAAGUCGUUUGCAAAGGUACUUGAUCAUGUUUUCUGACUCAAUAAACAACUAAAGGCUCAAAUCGAGGUACGUUAAUUUCUAUAGUGACGGCAUACGCUAAUUAUGCGCAUAGCGAGGCGGUUAAAGGGGAACGAGGCUGUGGCCAUUCGGCUGUUCCAGCAAAUGCUCAAACAGCACUGUUUUUUUCUGUUAAUUUCAUUAUUGUGCAGCUCAAUCAGUUGAUAAAACCCCAAAUUAGACAUAGAUAGUGUCUCAGUCACAACCAGGGCACUAAUCACAACGUCUAGACCUAGACGAAACGAGCACCAGGCUGUCGCUCACAGACCCCCUUUAAAGUUGAAUUUCUGUCCGAAAUUAAUUGAUUACUAAUAUCCUGUCACACGUGGUAUUACAGUGCUGAUUGUGUUAAAAUACAUAUCAAUUGCUUGCUGUAACUUUUACUAUUUCAGAAAAGCAUUGAAAACAUGUGGCCGUAUUCUGAAAUUUAAAUUAACAAUUUAAGUCAAAUAAUUCCACGUUCGCACCUUCUGUUUGUACAUAGAUUAAGACUGCCUCGUGCCAGAGUAUCAAGGCCAAGUAUUACUGGAGUAGGUUAUUUCCCAGGACACGAGCUCGAAAUCUUUUUUUAUCUCCUCCAAGCCAAAACACUAACGUGCUAAGAUCAGAUUAAAUAUAUAAGAUUGUUCUCAAUCUAACAUACUUUACCCCGUUGUGUAUAAACAGAUUUAGUGUUGGGAAAAUCCUAUUGUCAGUAAGAUUAAAUCCCCUAGAACAUUCACGUUGAUGUUAAAGAUGUCAUUAGGACUUAAGUCAUUGUCCGUGUGUGAUUCGGGUUUGCUAUAGUUGAGUCAUAUCACGGUGGGGACAAAGAGAGUGAGUCUCCAAGAUUGUACCCAUGUUGGGAGUAGAACCGGAAACAUCAGUGUAGCAAGCAAAUGUUCUAAACGAUUGGCUCCUCCAAACUCAGUCACAUAUUUCUUAAGCCGCAACUGUAUAUUAAACACUUGGUGUUGACUAACCAUUUCUAAAGGAGGUCUUUGGCAUUUAGAUUGGCAAGAACACCUGAAGCCUUUAUGGAUAAGAGAUUUUGGUGGUUUUUCCAAUUCGUGGACCUUAACUGCUGAAGCGGCUGGAAUUAGCCCCGAAAUGCUGCUUGAGAGUUAAAGGUCUUGUGAUGAAAGGACAAAAAGUACACUUGAAUUGUUGGUAGUAAUGAUGUUAAAGAUGUUGGGAUGAAAGGGCAAGAAUAUGCCCUGAAACAUCGCUAGAAAUGAUAAAGAAACGGGGCAGGAAUUGGCCCUGAAACAUCGCAAGAAAUAAAGGGGAGAGGUAGGAAUUGGCCCUGAAACGUCACUAGAAAUGAUAAAAGCAUUGUGAUGAUGGGACAAGACCUGAAACAUCGCUAGAAAUGAUAAAGGGAAGGGGCAGGAAUUGGCCCUGAAACGUCACUAGAAAUGAUAAAGCUGUUGUGGUGAAUGGACAAGCCCUGAAACGUCGCUAGAAACAGUAAGAACUUGUUAUUGGUACAUGCCUCUCGUCAUUAUUAACACAUCAAGAAACGCCUUAAUCGUUCAUCGUUAAAAAUGAAUGGUGUUUAUGAACAUGAUUAAAAUAAUCAAAUAAAAGGUAAUAAGAUUAUUGGGCAGAAAGUCUUUGCAGCCAGCGCUUUGGGAGUGCGAUUUGGAUCUGAUGCUGCUUUCGGAAGGUCUGAAAGUGCUUACAUUUUCUUUGAACUCUGUCUACCUUCGUGUAGGGUGCCGCCACUAGUGCAAUAUUGUAAACAGGUGUAUGGUAUAGUCCUCUAUCCUGUCUAUCCUGUAUAGUAGUCUAUCUGCCCUGUCGUGUAUAUGAUUUGUACUGUGUAUAGUCACUGUUGUACAUAAUCAGUUAAAAGGUUAAAAAAUAAAGUUCUGUUGUAACAUU